AUGGUGAUUAAUCGGCUGGAAAAAGUAAUGAGCAAAGAUGGUGUCUGUUUGGCCUUUCGCUUUACAAUGAAGAGAAGGUGUUUGAGUAACAAGGCAGACAUCAAGACCAUCAGAGAACAGAUCUAUAGAAGCACGGCUAAAGUGGUCAUUCUCUUCUCCAGUUCCAAGUAUUUUACCUGCAUCGGGAUAAUAUAUGAGAGUAAAAAACUCCCAAAAAUAUGGAUCGCGACAUCGUCUUUCUUCCAUUCAGUCGAGCUGCAACAUUUACGGUUUGUCCAUUCUCGCUGUAGCGAGCCCUGUAAGCCUGGAUUCAGGAAAGCUAAAGUAGAAGGGGCGCCAAGUUGCUGUUAUAACUGUGUACUGUGUGCCGAUGGGGAGAUGUCUAACAUAACAGAUGCCCAGAGUUGUAUGAAAUGCUCUAAAUAUGCAAAGUCAAAUGUUGGAAGAAACGGCUGCAUCCCAAGGAAUAUAAAUUACCUUUCCUAUGGAGACCAACUGGGCUCUACUUUAUCCUCCAUCUCUGUAAUAUUAUCCGUCACUUGUGCUGUAAUCCUGGGAAUCUUUAUAAAGUACCGCGAGACUCCUAUAGUGAGAGCCAACAACCGAUAUCUCAGCUGUCUCCUCCUCAUCUCUCUCAUGUUGUGUUUCCUCUGCACUUUAUUAUUCAUUGGACGCCCAACUCAGAUAUGUUGUCUCCUCCGACAAGUAACAUUUGGGAUUGUAUUUACUAUUUCUGUUUCUUCUGUGUUGGCUAAAACUCUCACAGUUAUUAUUGCCUUCAAUGCCACAAAGCCUGGGAGCAAGCUGAAGAAGUAUGUAGGAACCCAACUGGCCAUCAUAUUAGUCAUUGUAUGUUCAUUAGUUGAAAUUGUCAUCUCUUCUGUGUGGUUGGCCUCCAAUCCCCCAUUUCCAGAGGCUGAUACUCUCUCUGACCCAGACUAUAUUAUUCUGAUGUGCAAUGAAGGGUCUGACUUUUUCUUCUUCUGUAUAAUUGGAUAUAUAGGAACGUUGGCCUUACUAAGUUUCAUUGCUGCAUUUCUAGCCAAGGAUUUCCCUGACCGAUUUAAUGAGGCUAAAAACAUCACUUUCAGUAUGUUGGGGUUCUGUAGCGUGUGGGGGGCAUUUGUCCCUGCAUACCUGAGCAGUAAGGGCAGUAGAAUGGUGGCAGUUGAGAUAUUUGCCAUCUUAUCCUCCAGUGCUGGGUUAUUGGGCUGUAUAUUCAUUCCCAAGUGCUAUAUCUUAUUUCUAAGGCCUGAACUCAACACAAAAGCCAAUGUUAUUAGAAAAUGA